GUCCAACUUUGUACUGCAUUCUCAAUCUGCCUACAGUGGCAGGAAAAUGGAGCCUCGUUUUAUCGUAUUUACCAGGGCCCUCCCACACAAAUAACUUCAAAUUCGCGCGACACGAUCAGUAAACACAACUAGGACACGAAGUUUCCGAAGAAGGAGUCUUUUUUUGGGAUUUUACCCUCGAAUCAAAGUUACUCGGGUCGCCUUUUUCACAUGGCCCAGCAUGGCAGCCAGGUGGCCAGGCUGCCGAAGUCUCCACGCCACCCUCUAGCCUCUGAGAGUCACUGCGAACGUCAGCCCUGAGCAGUGCAUCAUGGGAAGCCUGUAGUCCCAGACCAGCACCAGUGGAGCAGGGGAUUGAGGAGAAAAGGACUCUAGUUUAACUCCAGAUACGCAUGGAUGCAGCCAGGAGAAAGGGGGAAGAGUCAACAGUGAAAGUAGCCCUCUAAUGUAUGAAAGCUUACAUAGCCAAGGUCCUCAAGCACUAACAGACCGACACAAGGUGGCAGUGCAGUUCACGGCCUCCGGCCAACUCGCCACAGCCCAAGCCAAGACGCCUCGGACCCUAGUCUACUUGCCAUAGUCCCUAGUUGCGGACCCUAUCCAACUAGCUGCCGCCCAUAGGUAAAUAGCCAACUAGCUGUGGUCUGUAGCCAACGAGCCAUAACCCCUAACCAACUAGCUAGCCGAGGUCCCUAACCGAUUGGCCAACUGCGGCGUCAAGCAGCGAGUAGGGGGCGCCAUGCGGCCCAAGACGUUUCCAGCAGCACCGUACGUGGGCAACACGCGGCAGCGACUGCAGGAGAUCAAGGAGGGUCUGAAGCAGCCGGCGAAGCUAGUGAGCCAGGCACUGCACGGGGGCAGCUCACGGUCAGACGGCCAGGGGAAGGACACUGCCAGCAGGCAGCAGCAGCUACGGCCCCCCCAGAAGUUCAACAACUACCAGAAUGCACUGCGAGAGAUCCGCAAGUCGCUUAUGCCCUUCGCCAACGACUCUGGGCCCUCGUCGGGGUCAGGCCCCGCCCCCUCUGGCUCUGGCGAUGUCAACCGACAGAUGUUGCAGGACCUGGUGAACGCUGGCUGUGACCAGGAGAUGGCGGUGCGCGCUCUGAAGCAAACGGGCAGCAGGAACAUUGAGGCCGCGCUGGACUACAUCAGUAAAAUGGGCUACCUGGACCCUCGCACAGAGCUGAUAGUCAGGGUCAUCAAACAGACCUCCCCAGGUAAAGGGGGAAUGCCGAGCUCCAUGGACCACCGGCCCCCCAUGGAGGGGUCGGGGGAGGUGGUGCCCAUGCCCCCUUACCACCAGAUGGGGGCCCCCAUGUACGAGGGCCCUGCGUCCUACGGCCCCGAGGGGGACCUGCCCCGGCCCUACAUGGGAGCCCCGCCCGUCAUGAACUACAUGAUGCCCCCGUCCCCACAGGGCCCCAUGGGGCGGCCCCCCAGCAUGGGCUCCUACCCCUCCGCCAUGCCCGGCCCCAACCCCCCGGGCAGCGGCCUGUACCCUCCUGGGGCCCCCCAGAAGGGGUACCCCGGAGCCCUCGAGCAACACGGGCCCCUGAUCAGCUACAACAUCCCCGGCCAGCCGCUGCAGCUCGCGCCGCCGCCAGCAGGGGGCCCCGGGCCGGGCCCCCACUACGACUACGGCCCCCCCCGGCCCCACAUGAUGGAGCAGGGAGGGUACGGCGUGAAGCGCAGCGCGUCCUUCCAGAACAAGAUGGCCCCGCCCGAUGGCUAUGUGGGCAUGCAAGGGAAGGGCCUGUACCUGCCCCCCCACGCCCACCCCCGCCAGCCCAGCCCCACGUCCCACCAGGUCCACAUCAUGUCCCGCUCCCCAGGGGCCGGCCCCUCCGUCCUGGGGCCCGACUUCCCCGACCUCCCCCCGGGCCUGAUGACCCCAUCCAGGGCCAGCCUCAACCUGGACCUCUACGACCACCACUGGGGGUCCGAGGGGGCCCCGCCUCCCAGGCAGCCCCAGUCCCAGGGGCCCUUCAGAGGGGAGGUCCGGGUCCCGAGCCGGACCAAUUCAUUCAACAGCCGCUCGGCCGGCCCUAUCACCGCCCGGCCCCCCAUGGCCCCGCCCCCCACCGACCCCUCCCUCGGGCCCCCCAACACCAUCACCGCCGUCACCUCGCCGCCCAUCCAGCAGCCCGUCAAGAGCAUCCGCGUGAUGCGCCCGGAGCCCAAGACGGCCGUGGGGCCCUGCCACCCCGCCUGGAUGGUGGCCCAGGGGCCGGAGGGGAGCGAGGCCCUGGGGUACGUCCCAGAGGAGUCGUACUCCCUGGAGCCGGCCCAGGACACCCCCCGCUGCCCGCCUCCCCCCUACCCCAAGACCCUGGACGGGCCGGGGGCGAUGUGUGGCCCCGGGGAGCCGCUCCCCGCCUCCAGGGCCGUGCACGGUGGGGGCGCGGGCAGCGGGGGAAGCGGGGGGAAGGCGGAGGAGAGUCACGGCAAGGAGAAGGCCAAGGCGGGGAAGGCGGAGAAGGCGCUCAAGGACAAGAAGCAGAUCCAGACGUCCCCGGUGCCGGUGAGGAAGAACGGCCGCGACGAGGAGAAGAGGGAGUCCCGCAUCAAGAGCUACUCUCCCUUCGCCUUCAAGUUCUACAUGGAGCAACACAUCGAGAACGUGAUGAAGACCUACCAGCAGAAGCUGAACCGACGCCUGCAGCUGGAGCAGGAGAUGUCCAAGGCCGGCCUAUCAGAGGCUGAGCAGGAGCAGAUGAGGAAGAUGCUGAACCAGAAGGAGUCCAACUACAACCGUCUCCGGCGAGCCAAGAUGGACAAGUCGAUGUUUGUGAAGAUCAAGACACUGGGCAUCGGCGCGUUCGGGGAGGUGUGUCUGACUCGCAAGGUGGACACCAGCGCCCUAUACGCCAUGAAGACCCUGCGCAAGAAGGACGUGCUCAACCGGAACCAGGUCGCGCACGUGAAGGCGGAGCGGGACAUCCUGGCGGAGGCGGACAACGAGUGGGUGGUGCGUCUGUACUACUCCUUCCAGGACCGGGACAGCCUGUACUUCGUCAUGGACUACAUCCCCGGGGGGGACAUGAUGAGCCUGCUCAUCCGCAUGGGCGUCUUCCCCGAGACCCUGGCGCGCUUCUACGUGGCGGAGCUGACGCUGGCCAUCGAGAGCGUGCACAAGAUGGGCUUCAUCCACCGCGACAUCAAGCCCGACAACAUCCUCAUCGACCUGGACGGACACAUCAAGCUCACCGACUUCGGCCUGUGCACGGGCUUCCGCUGGACACACAACUCCAAGUACUACCAGAAGGGGAGUCACGUGCGGCAGGACAGCAUGGAGCCCAGUGACUUCUGGGACGAUGUGUCCAACUGUCGCUGUGGCGACCGCCUCAUGACCCUGGAGCAGCGGUCGACACGGCAACACCAGCGGUGCCUCGCCCACUCGUUGGUGGGCACGCCCAACUACAUCGCACCGGAGGUCCUGCUGCGCAAAGGUUACACCCAGCUGUGUGACUGGUGGAGUGUGGGCGUCAUCCUGUUUGAGAUGCUGGUGGGCCAGCCGCCGUUCCUCGCCCCCACCCCCACAGAGACCCAAAUCAAGGUGAUCAACUGGGAGAGCACACUGCAGGUGCCCCCGCAGGUCAAGCUCAACCCCGAGUCGGUGGACAUCAUCGCCCGCCUCUGCUGCUCGGCGGAGGAGCGCCUGGGCGGGAACGGCGCCGGCGAGAUCAAAGCCCACCCCUUCUUCCACCAGACGGACUUCUCCGCCAACCUGCGGCAGCAGCCGGCGCCCUACCGGCCCAAGAUCUCCCACCCCAUGGACACCUCCAACUUCGACCCGGUGGAGGAGGAGGGCGGGCCGGGCGCGUGGAGCGACAGCGGCGACAGCGCCCGGGCGUGGGAGGCGCUCUGCCUGCCGCACGGGAAGCACCCCGAGCACGCCUUCUACGAGUUCACCUUCCGCCGCUUCUUCGACGACAACGGAUGCCCCUUCCGCUACCCCAAGCCCCCCGAGGCCGCCCAGGCCCCGCCCAGCGAGCGGCCGGCCAAUCGCACGGGCCCGGAAGAGAGGGGGGAACACGAGGAGGAGGAGGGGGGGGAGGAGGAUGACGACGAUGACGACGAUGAGGACGACGACGACGACGAGGAGGACGAUGAUGAGGAUGACGAUGAGGAGGAGGAAGGGGAGGGUUGUGAGCCGGUGUAUGUGUAG